GAAAGGUGGACGCACCAAACAGAGGUAUCUUUAUUUUCUUCUGGCGUUUGAAUUCCCGUGCAAAAGAGUUCAGCAAACGCCUUGCUACAAAAAGUUUUGCACUGCCAGCACGAAGAACAGAGGUAUCUUGUGCUUCCGCGUGGCGUUAAGUAUCAGCUUCUCGUAUGACAUUCUUGUGAACGGUGGUGUCCCGGGUCGGAAGGGUUUGUCGAUGUCGUGCCCCUUACUGUGACACGGUGUCUAUCAGUGUGGAGUGUGCGUGUGAAUCACAGUGUUUCCCGAUCGUUACCGAUGCGUGCGUGCAAGUGCUGGUAGUGGCAAUGGUAGUGUCCGGCAGGCGGAACCGAACGCGAAGCGCUUGAGUUCCGUCAUCGAUCGUUCCGUCGCUCCGUGGCCACACACAUCUCAUCCACGACUUCAUCAUAUCGACGAGCAAACGGGGCAAUUGUGUCAUCCGGUUGAACACCAUGGGCUACGAUCUGACCCGGUUUCAGGGUGACGUCGACGAGGAGCUCAUCUGUCCCAUCUGUUCCGGCGUGCUGGAAGAACCGCUGCAGGCCGUCGCUUGCGAGCAUGCGUUUUGCCGUGGCUGCAUCACCGAGUGGCUGUCACGGCAGCCAACCUGCCCGGUAGACCGCAAUCCGAUCACGAACAACAAUCUCCGCGCCGUGCCAAGAAUCCUACGCAAUCUGCUAUCCCGGCUGAACAUAACCUGCGAGAACGCCAUGUACGGUUGCACGCUGGUGCUGAAGCUGGACACACUAGCGACGCACAUCGAAGAGUGCGAGCACAACCCGAAGCGGCCACUGCCCUGCGAGAAGGGUUGCGGCUUCGUCAUACCGAAGGACGAGUACAAGGACCACAACUGCUUCCGGGAGCUGCGCUCGCUCGUGCACAGUCAGCAGCAGAAGAUGGGCGAGCUGAAGAACGAAAUCAACGACCAGAACCUGGUGAUAAACGAGCUGAAGCGCGAGCUGAACCUGGUGAAGGACUUUAUGCGCGCGAUGCGCGUCUCCAAUCCCGCCAUGCGUGCCAUUGCCGACCAGAUGGAGCGGGACGAGGUGACGCGAUGGUGCAACGGGUUGGCCCGGGCUCGGGUGACGCGCUGGGGUGGCAUGAUCUCCACACCGGACGAUGCGUUGCAGCUCAUGAUCAAACGGGCACUCUCGGAAUCCGGCUGUCCGCCGCACAUACUCGACGACCUGAUGGAAAACUGUCACGAGCGUCGGUGGCCCCGGGGCCUCAGCUCGCUGGAAACUCGCCAAAACAAUCGACGAAUUUACGAAAACUAUAUCUGCCGGAGGGUUCCGGGAAAACAAGCAGUACUUGUACUGCAAUGCGAUAACACGCACAUGAACGAGGACGUGAUGGUGGAACCGGGGCUAGUGAUGAUAUUUGCUCAUGGCAUCGAAUAGUUAGCGGGCGGGGAGAUGACUGGCAACAACUACUGAACGCGGGGGCGAGUAGUACCAAAAGUCUGCAAGUGACGUAACAGAAAGCAAAAUGCAGCGCCUGACAUCUAACAACCAUCAUUCCGAUACACACACGAGUCGGAAUGUAUCUCUCUCCCCGCCCGCCCACUUAACCACCGCCAACCCGUAGGCACUGUUAGCUGCCGAAAAACAAAACAACUGAUACGACUGUUGAUCUCGGAGUGGAUUUUACUCGAAAAAAAAAACGGAAAUCUGUUCCAUCCACGAGCUGCAAACUCGCAACAUCGAUGGGGGAGGGUCCUCAUUUUCGAACCGGAAGUCCACCGGUUAAAAGGCCGCUGGCGCAACAUCCGUCUGGCUUAGGUUUUAGUUUGCGUUUGAGCUAAGCUCGGGACGUA